AUGACCAACGUUAGCCUCAGCAGAAUGUUCCGGGGCAAGUUCCGCACCAACACCUGCCGGAUCGUGGUGCUGACCUCGCUGGUGUGGCUGCUGAUCGAUGUGAUACUGAUAGUGAAGUACGCCGACUGCCCCAGUACGGGCGGUGGCUCCAGCUGGCUGUGCAAAAACAACAACAGAGGAGAGUACGACGGGGAGGGUCCACAUGCGGCACACCAGUCCCAGCAGCAGCAACAGCGGCGCCAUGCGGCCCCCGAGGACGACGAUCCGAUAGUGGACGCGGAGGAGAUCGACACCAACUCGAACAACUUCGGCGACCCCGGCGGCUACGGGGGUGGUGGCGACAGUUCAAUGCCCCGCACGUACCGGCCGCAGGAGCUGAAGAAGUGGCGGGUGGCGCCAACGGUCGCGGAAAAUUACGGUCGACCCGGCGAAAUGGGUAAGCCGGUGAAAAUCCCGUCCAGCCAGCAGGAGCUGAUGAAGGAAAAGUUCAAAGAAAAUCAAUUCAAUCUCCUCGCCAGUGACAUGAUCUGGCUGAAUCGAUCCCUCACCGAUGUGCGCCAUCACGACUGCAAAAAGAAGCACUACCCAGCGAAGCUGCCAACGACCUCGAUAGUGAUCGUGUUCCACAACGAAGCCUGGAGCACGCUGCUGCGGACGAUAUGGAGUGUGAUAAAUCGGUCACCGCGGCCACUGCUGAAGGAAAUCAUCCUGGUCGAUGACGCGAGCGAGCGGGAACAUUUGGGCCGCAAGCUGGAACAGUACGUCAGCACGCUGCCGGUGCCGACGUUCGUCCUGCGGACCGGCCAGCGAUCCGGUCUCAUCCGGGCCAGACUGCUCGGUGCCAAGCACGUGAAGGGACAAGUGAUCACAUUCCUGGACGCGCACUGUGAGUGCACCGAGGGCUGGCUGGAGCCACUGUUGGCGCGCAUCGUGCUGGACCGCAAGACUGUCGUUUGUCCGAUCAUCGACGUGAUAUCGGACGAAACGUUCGAGUACGUUACGGCGUCGGAUCAGACGUGGGGUGGAUUUAACUGGAAGCUGAACUUCCGAUGGUAUCGUGUUCCGGCUCGGGAAAUGCAACGGCGAAACCAGGACCGUACGGCCCCACUCCGAACGCCAACCAUGGCCGGUGGAUUGUUCUCGAUCGAUCGGGACUAUUUCUACGAGAUCGGCUCGUACGAUGAGGGCAUGGAUAUCUGGGGUGGAGAAAAUCUUGAAAUGUCGUUCCGGAUUUGGCAAUGUGGUGGCAUCCUAGAGAUUUCACCCUGCUCCCACGUGGGCCACGUGUUUCGCGAUAAAUCACCGUACACGUUCCCCGGUGGCGUGGCGAACAUUGUGCUGAAAAAUGCAGCCCGCGUCGCCGAGGUGUGGCUAGACGAGUGGAAAGAGUUUUACUAUCAAAUGAGCCCAGGCGCUCGCAAGGCAUCGGCCGGAGACGUGAGCGAACGGCGGGCCCUUCGGGAGCGGCUAAAAUGCAAGAGCUUCCGCUGGUACCUGGAAAACAUCUAUCCGGAAAGUCAGAUGCCCCUGGACUACUACUUCCUCGGGGAGAUUCGUAACGUGGCGUCUACAAACUGCCUCGACACGAUGGGCCGAAAGUCGAACGAAAAAAUCGGCAGCAGCUACUGCCACGGGCUCGGCGGAAACCAGGUGUUUGCGUACACGAAACGCCACCAGAUCAUGUCGGACGACAACUGUCUCGAUGCGUCGAACGCGCUCGGCCCGGUGAAUCUGGUCCGGUGCCACGGCAUGGGUGGCAACCAGGAGUGGAUAUACGAUGAAGAGGAAAAGACUAUCAAGCACGUCAACAGUGGCAACUGCCUGACUCGCCCGACGCGUGAGGACCCAUCGACGCCACUGUUGCGUCCGUGCACUUUCUCCGAGGGCCAGCAGUGGCUGAUGCAGUCCAAGUUCAAGUGGCAAGCCCACAACGAAAACCGCAUCGCCGAGGACAGAUAAGACGCGCUGUUCCGUGUUCGAUCUGCCACCGAGGCCGGGACUGGCCGCCACGCUGGUCAGCACCUUCUCGCCGGGUCCAUCGAACGCCACAGAAGCGCGAACGGGAGCACUAGUAGCGUUAGCAAAAGCGGUAGUGAUAGCAACAAUCAUGCAACUAUCAAUCGUUGGCACACGGGCCACGGUACCGGUACACUUCCGUGAGCCGGAACCCCGGUGGUGACUUGUAGAAAAUGUAACGAAAGAUGCGACGAACUCGAACUCGUCUUGCCAUUUGUAUCAGUGUUCCUGGUGCAGCACGGGUACUAGAGAGAAAGUAUCGAUAGAGAAAAUGAGGGUGUAGUGUUAUCCGUCUUGGUAACGUAGAGCCUUACCCUGGUCCUGGGUUUAAUUGUGUUAGAUUUGCAUAUUAUGUUUAGCACAUCCGUCAGAGACAGCUCGUUCACUUGUAUAUGAAGGAAUGUUAAUAGCUCACCUGUUUUGGUUUACCCUGUUUUCCUUUUAUGAUCAGUUCUAGCCUUAGGCCAUUGAGAAAUCAUUUUAACGACAUUUUGCGUGAGGGAUCAUGGAUGCUCAAAUCAUUCUCAUAUUUUGCUUACUUCAACGAGUGCAACCUCUUAUGUUUAUUGUCUAUUUUUGGUUGUACUCGUUGCACAAAACCAUUUGCAAAUAAUAUUUCUGCUAGACGCACAGCACAAUCUAACUAAUUCGGGCAGAAUUAUUUGUACUGGAUGCAGACUGUAUAUUAGCGAAAAAUACAAUAGUAUUUCUUCAAUGAUUGAGAUGUUUUCGCAUAAACUAAAAAGACAUGCUAGUUCGUCUUUACUGAGAUAUGUUGUUCGGAAAAAUUAAAUAAUUUGGCUCUCAUUCUGUUUGAGAAUGUUUCUAGGAUGAUUUUAAAUUGUUGGUUAUGGGUCAGCAUUAACUGUUGUGUUUUAGUAUCAGUGGCAUCAAAAAAAAAAAAAUCACGGGCAUAUCAUACUGAAGGAAAGCUUUUUAAGAUGUUCAAAGAAA